AUGACACAAAAGAGGAUGAAGUCGGUGAGGGGAACAUUAGCAAAUCGAGAAGCUCCAAGGAUGACACCAAAGGCAGGGAUGAUGAAGAAGAAGAUAUCCAAUGCAAAUACCACAAAAGGGAAUCGGAUUAGCGAUAUCAAAAAGUCCAAUCUUUCCAGAUGCCAACAAAAGAAAAAGAAGAAAUCAAUUCAUACUUGCCGCAUUGUGGAGAUGGAUAAUUCUCAGGGAUCAAUUAUUUCCCAACAAGACUUACUAAGGCAGAUCCUCAGUUGUUUGCCCGUGCAAUCUCUUUUACGAUUCAAAUGUGUUGCAAAAUCUUGGGAUAUAACAUCCGAUCCUUACUUUAGAUUGAAGCAUAAUGUCAAUUCCCUUAGAUUUCUUCUUGCCCAUACCAACUUCCGUCGCCCUCAGAAUGUUCAUAACUUGUAUUCUACUUCUUCUUUAUCCUCCCCUGACGACCUACAAAAUAUUGAUUAUCUCACUUCAGACGAUACACGUUUUCACAUACUAUGUGGUUCUUGUGAUGGAUUGAUUCUCAUCCGACUUCCUAAUAGACACAAUCAUGAACUUCUCUUGUUGUGGAACCCCUCAACAAGAGAAUCAGUACAUAUUCCCUUUCCGAUAUUUGGAUUAAAAAAUUCUACUUUUGGAUUUGGAUAUGACCCAACUACUCAUGACUAUAAGAUACUUGCAAUUCACAAAAUCAAAUCACAACCACAAUGUGGAAUUCUCGCACUAAAAAGUGGUUCUUGGAGAAAUGUUUAUAUUGAGUCACCUCUCUUAUUUACAACUAGGAAGGAUGCGUUCGGUUUUGAGAAUCCUUUGUCAUUUGUACAUGGAGCAUUUCAAUGGGUUACUUGGCGUCUUUGUGUGGGUUCAUUCAAUAUUUCAAAUGAGGUAUAUACAAUUAUACCAUUCUCAGAGCAAAUGUCCUCUUAUCUUUCCCAUAUUGGCUCCGGGGACUAUCAUGUUUCAAUAUUAGAUGGAAUGGUUUGCUUUUCUUCUGCUUGUAAGGUUGAUGGGGAGUAUGCUUUUACAUUGUGGGAAAUGAAAGAGUAUGGUGUCAAAGAAUCUUGGACUCAAUUAUUUAAAAUAAAAAUUGCCGCUAUUUCUAUAGUCAAACCUGUUUAUAGGUUUGCAGAUGGUGAUGUACUAUUUCAGUGCCGCGAUAUAAUACGUGAUUCAUUCAGGACACCCAAAGGAAGAUUUCGGUUAUGGUGUGAUUCAUUGGUUAAACGUGGUGACAUGAUUAAUAUAGUCACUUUCAACGAGAGUUUGAUCGAUCCAAAGACACUUAUUUAA